AAGAGGAAGUGGUAUAAAAUAUGCUUGCAUCUGUCAGCGCCCAGAGGAAGCAACAUCGUCAUUUCAAUUUGUCUUUGGUCGGGAGACAUGUUAAAAAUCUUUUUGUCAGAAGUGACUGAAUGGGGAUGGAUACAAUGGAUGUUUUUCCUCUUUAUGGUCUCAGGUACUUGCUCCCAGGGCACAGUUCACCAGCCCCCAGUGCUUACCGCUGCUCUGGGUCAUGAUGCUAUAAUGCCAUGCCAGCUCAUUCUUUCUGACAAUGUGAAAAUGGUCAUUCCACCGGUUCUGUAUUGGGCGGUCUUACCACAGGAAUCUGAUGAUGACAAACUGUGGCCCCCCUCUGAGAAUUAUAAGGAACGUGUUGACCUCCUGGACAAAGAUCUGUACUCUCCAAACAAGUCUGUACUCUUCAGGAAUGUCCAGUGGGCUGACAGUGGGAGGUACCAGUGCAAAGUCUCCAUCACCACCAAGGACGGACGUUUUAGGAGAUUGGGAAAUACAAGUUUACUGGUGGUUCAUGACACCAUGACCUUUAACCUCAGCGGCCACAACGACUCCCUGCUCCGCUGUGAAGUCAAUGUGACACACAAUCCCGGAUUUGUUUUGACCAUUUUUCACGAUGGAUACAAACUCGAAACUGGCGACUCCUCCGCGUCAGGGGACUCUAACUCAUCUCUCCACUUCGUCACGCUCUCUGAGGCAGUUCUGCUGAGUAGCGACGGAACAUAUGAGUGUCAGCUGCACCUGAACGAAGACCUGGUAACAACAAGCAUCUUCGACUACCACCUGCCUGUGGCUGAAGAACCUAAAGAUGCUGGAAAAAAUGUCUCAGCUACCGUUCAGCCAGACAAGCCGGUGGAGUAUAAAGAGCCGUGGCACCUGUACAUCGCCCUCCUCCUGGUGCCCACCAUCGUCCUGCUGGUCCUCCUUACGGCCCUGCUGAUUCGCAGAGACUGAGUCUGUUCACAUCUGGCUCAAACAAAGAGGCUUAACAAUGGAGAUCUGUGCUGUCAGCGAAGAAGGAGCCUCUCAUCUUACAGACCAAAGUCAUUCAUGACCAGGGACAAUCAGCUUCAGUCGACUCGAGUUAAAAGAGCAACACACUCUGACUUAAAUGACAUCAGUGCUCUGCUGUGUCCUCAUUCAGGAGAGACUCCCUUCAAGUCCCACAACUGUACAUCUUAAUGGUUUAAGGAGGCUGACAUUUAAGAGUGUGUGUCUUUCUUUCCCCCAUAUUUUGGGAAACCCAAUCAGCCCUCAGAAUCCAAAAAGCCUGACUGCGCCAGUCAUGCGUUUCAUGGCACACAACUCACAAACCUCCACUAAAAGUCCCUGGUUGUCUCCUACAAACAUAACUUAUAUUCAGCUGUUUGCAACAGAAAACACAUUCUGAGGUGAUGCCAACCACAGUACGUUAAGUUUCUAUUAACAUAAUGGUGGGUUGUGAAAACGUUGAUAGCAGCAAAACGUUCGCUGGUAACGUCUCUCAUUUUUUUUCUAGGAAAUCCAAACACUAUCAACUCGUGGCUGAGAACAAAAAACAUGUGUACUGUUUCUUUUUUGUUUUGUAUCGUGAAAACUAGUCAACAAAGCUGAGAAAGAAACGAAAAAAACAAAAACAAAAAACGUGCUGAAACUGAGUCUGAGUCUGAACUUUACAGGUCAGACAGAGGGAAUGUAAAAGUUUGUCCUUUUGACACUUUUACAACAAUUUCUCCUCUUGUUCACAGUGUUAACUGUAUGAACUAUAAUAUCCUGCCAAAUAUGUGCGUUUACUUUCAAAGGGAAGCACAGAAUUGCCAUAAAGUUCUAAACAGUCCAUUGUCAUAAAACUAAACAAAUCAAUAACCGUUCCCUGCAGAUGCACGGUACAUCUCGACGGCACUACUUAUAAAAAAUCUUUUUCAUACAGACUUCUCUGACCCUCACUGACUGAUUCUCUGAGUCUCUGCCUACGAACAAAAAGAGACUUAAAAAGUUCUUCGUGGUCAAAAAGAUUUGUGUAUUGAAUGAGCCAGAUAUUGUAUCUGUUUUGCUCAUGUUGUUCAAACUGCAUAACUUAAAAAAUAUAUAUAUAUAUGUGAAGUGUGUGCGAUUAUACAUGUCCAUAUUCAACAUAAUGCUGUUCUAUAUUAGUUACUCUUCUUGACUGUUUUUCUAUCUGACUAUUAUUUCUUUAUUUUUUUUAAAAGAACAAAAACAAAAGCAAUUAAACGAAACUAAAACUG